AGAGCGGCGCGGAGCAAAAUGGCGGCGGCCGCGGGGUCGCCCUCUGGUACUGGGCGAGCAGCGGCGAGAUCUCGGCCUGCGCUCGCCCGGUUCCGGGGUUGUUUGGCCGGAGCGUUGUUGGGCGACUGCCUGGGUGCCGUCUUUGAAGACAGGAGCGUGGUGAAACUCCCCGAUCUGCUGCGCUUCCUCCAAGGCCUGGAAUCGGCACCUGAGGAGGGGGAACCGGCCGGCAGCGCCCGCAGAGAAACACUUUCAUACACGGACGACACAGCCAUGAGCAGGUCGGUGGUGCAGUCCCUGCUAGCCAAGAAGGAGUUUGAUGAAGUUGAUAUGGCCAAGAGGUUUGCUGAGGAGUACAAGAAGGAGCCCAACAGGGGCUAUGGGAUGGCUGUUGUCAACGUCUUCAAGAAGCUCCUGAGCCCCAAGUGCAGCGAUGUGUUUGAACCAGCGAGAGCCCAGUUCAAUGGGAAGGGCUCCUAUGGCAAUGGGGCUGCCAUGAGGGUGGCAGGCAUCUCACUUGUGUACCCUGACAUCCAGGAUGUGAAGAAGUUUGCGAAGCUGAGUGCAGAGUUAACCCACGCCAACUCCCUGGGCUACAACGGGGCCAUCCUGCAGGCCCUGGCUGUGCACCUGGCUCUGCAGGGAGAGCUCAGCAAGGAGACCUUCCUGGAGCAGCUCAUUAACCACAUGGAAGAUGUGGAGGCAGAUGAUAAGUCUCUUACUGAUGCUCGAGCGCUGGGAUUUGAGGAUUUACCAUUUUCAAGGCGUCUAAAGAAGAUAAAGGAAUUCUUGGAGCUCAGCAGCGUGCCCAGAGCAGAUGUAUUGUCUGAAUUAGGCAACGGCAUUGCUGCCCUGCGCUCGGUCCCCACUGCCAUUUACUCCUUCUUGCGCUGCAUGGAGCCUGACCCUGAUAUUCCUGAUCACUACAGCAACCUGCAGAGGACCAUCACCUACUGCAUCUCUCUGGGUGGAGACACAGACACCAUUGCUACCAUGGCAGGAGCCAUCGCUGGGGCUUAUUAUGGGGAGGAGCAGAUCCCCCCAACCUGGGAGCAGAGCUGUGAAGCCUUUCAAGAGACACAGAAGAUAGCACAGAGCCUGCAUGAGCUGUACUGCCAGAAGCUCUCAGCCCAUGGGCAGCCUGGGCUCUGAGGGUGAAGCAGGAGCCUCUGCAACUUCCUACUGUUUUCCUCUACUCCUCAUGCUGUGGCCUUUGAGUUGUUAGUGGCCCGUCUUGCAGUGGCUCUGCUGGGCUUAGCAAAGCCCAGCAGACCUUCAGCUGAGGAUUAUGGGUGGGAAGUGAUCAUGGAGGCACAUCCCUGGAGAGCCUGGAGGGUGUCCUGCACGGUGGCAUGGGAUGUGGAGUGAAGAUGCUGAGGGUGAACCUUCUGGGAGAGUCACUUCUGUAGAGGCAGAACAAAAAGUGCUGGAGAUUGGAGAAAGGGACUCCUGGGCAUUGUCAGUGGCACUGGGGAAAUGUCCAUGGUGACAAUCCCAGCUGGCUCAUGGUUACUGCUGGAAGAGGCUGGAACUGGGCCCUGUUCCUUUGGUGUCCUUUGCUCUGUGAUCCACCUAGCAACCCCCCUGACUACAUUCUGUGCUCCCUUACAUAGCUUUCACCUUGCUGCAGCUUCUCUUGCUUUCCUCUGUGCCUAACUCUGCCUUUUUCAUGCUGUCCUACCCAACGAGAUUGCUGUUCAAAAAAGGAUUGUACUUGGCACUUGAAGCCAUGGUUUAGCUAAUCAUGAGGUGUUGGGUGAUAGGUUGGACUUGAUGAUCUCUGAGGUCUUUUCCAGCCUUAUUGAUUCUGUGAUUCUGUGUUCAAAUCUGUUAGGCAAGGCCCCUGGUUCUGCUGCAGCCAGGGACAAAAAUUCCUUCAGCAGCAAGCAGGAGUUACUUCUUGCAGCCUUAAAGCUCUGUCCUUGGUAAGAGUAAGGGGGAGAACUAGGGGAGAAUUAAUCAGAGCUGAAAAGAAUUUGUGCAUUUGAAGCUGGUGGCACUUGUGGCCAAGAAUGUUUUAGCACUGCUGUGUUGUUCCACUAGUUGCCAGUGUCAAACCUUUUCCCAGUGAUCACAAAGGGAGUCACAGCUCAGUCUGAAAAGGGGAAAAGCCUUUUAAUGGCUGAAAGCAAAAAGAAAGCAGGAGGUGAGCCUGUGGAAAUGUUCACAGAUCUGAAUGUGAGGAUGUUCUCUACAGCCUGGUGUUUCUGUCACUGCAGGAAGGGGCUCAAGCAGAGCUUGCUCCCUGUGGUGUCACAGCACUGAGGGUGUCAGCUCCAUACCCACAUGGGAAAUCUGGCUCCAUGGCUCCUUCCAGCUUUUCCUGUUGUCUGCUUCCAUCAAGUGCCAGGCUUCUGUCUGAUCCUUGAAUGGGUUUUCCGUGUAUAGAUGAAUUCUUGUGUCCUGGGAACACGUGGAAUUUUGGUCUGUUGUGUAUUUCAGUGUUGUGCUGCAGAUCUGGGAUGUAAAAUGUCAGGUUUUUCAUGUUUCUCUGCCAGAGACAUGAACAUCCUCACAGAAUGAGGUAAAAGAAGACAUUUUCCUUUGAAAGCAGCUUUAUCAUUUGGAAUGUUUGGAACUCACCGAGAGCAGAAGAGCUCUGUUUGAAAAAUACAGCUCCUUUUGGGUCAGAAUUGAAAUGUGUCCUGAAACACUGAGCUCUGACUUCCUUGGAAAGAAAUAAAAUCACUUGGUUAUCUUUGUUAAUUAGCCACUGCUCCUGUCUUUUCAUUCAACUCAAGUUGUGCUUCCACACUAAAGGACAAGAUGAGUUGUAUGAAAAUCUCUGGACUCUUCCUCCCCACCCUGUUCUUCACUUUAAGGCUCAACCUGGAACCACUUCUUGGAAUCCUUCAGUAGAUAGCAGAAUGGAAGUUAUUUGGUACAUCCUGCAUGUAGCUGAGUCUUGAGCUUCACUUGGGGCUGUUUGCUGUGUGUGGAAGCAGCUCAGCUACUGGAGAGCAGCCUGUGAUGAUCCUGCAGAGACCAUGGAAGGUGCUGGGUGCUCCAUGACUCCCAGCUGGACCAUGACUGCUUCUUCA